GGUGUAAAUAGAAUUGGGUCCUAAAUUAACCAGGGUCUUAAAUAUGACUCGUUGUUGGUAGAACCGUCGCUAUCGGAGGCUUUCCUGUAUUGCCAAACCAGUAAAUAAAAGCCAAAUACUGUACAUGCACUUCCUGGUUCGCCAGAGUAAUAGAGAUCAGCCGGGACUCUACCUCCACGGUCUCCCUCCAAUGCAUCUGAAUUUUAUGGGCUUGAUAGCGUGUGUGAGGCGAGUGCCACACUGCUGUGUGUGAGAUUCAAAACGACGCUAUAUCAGACUUCAGUGACUUGUAUCAAAUAUUGUUCCCCAAAUAUUACAAGAAGGUGUUUGGCACUACAUAAGUCAGCGAAUGCCUGUACUGUACUGUACAUUGCUAAUAUUCAUCAUUUUAUGGUGAUCUUGACCAACCAACAUGCCAUACAGGCAGCCUCUCCACAGCGAGAUACCAAUCACUCAUUCUAUAAACCCCCUAAAAUUUGUUUUAUGAAUAAAUAAAUUACAUAAUGUACCUGUAUAUGUAACUAACUAUAUGACUAAGUAAAUGCCACCUAACCACAAUGCAACAGGUCAUGAGACAAUGACUGCAUCAGUGGCAGGAGGGCAUAGGAGCUGCCAAGCUCACAAACUCUUGUUCGAAUCCUGGUGCACUAUUUAAAUCUGGACCCUGUACAGUUAAAAUUUUCUUAACUUCAUGGGUUUUGUUUGUAUAACAGCACAGGAUAAAACAAUAAUUUGUAUCAUCUUAGAUUUGGGAAUCAGGGUUGCCAGUACAAAUUAUAUAGAUAUUUUAAAUGAUGAGUAUUAUCUUAAAAGGAAAAUAAUGUAAGAUAUAUAUAUCUCUCUUUUAGAAUAGUAUCUGAUUACGUUCUGAAGGGUCGUGAUCCUCUUUCUGGGGAUGGUGGACGUGAAGAAGAUUGGAGCAUGGCGAAGCUGCAAGCUUACUUCUGCCAUGUGCACUCCAUCCAGCCAGCAAUGACACCAAAGGCAAACAUUAUCCUUUCUCGAUACUAUCAAGCUCAGAGAAAAACUGACCAACGCAGUCAAGCUAGAACCACCAUCAGAAUGCUUGAGAGUUUAGUGCGGUUGAGUCAGGGCCACGCGAAGUUGAUGAUGAGGACAGAAGUGACAGUGCAGGAUGCUAUUGUGGCUGUUACACUGAUGGAAGCAACUAUGUGUGGAGCUUCAGUAAUUGCAGGGAUUAAUCCCCUUCAUACUUCUUUCCCACAUUCUCCAGGUGAAGACUAUAAACACCAAGGUUUGUAUGCUUAGUCAUAGUUUAUGUGUAUUGUAUCUUUAUAUGAAAUGUCCCUUGGAAGAACUUGGUAACAGUCAAAACACAAAAACAGAAAAUGCAGUUAAAU